GCUUAAGAGUUAGAACUACACGUACCCUGCAAACAAUCGACGCUAGAUGUCGCUAGCUGUUACGUCGUGCAGCAGUGCAGUCGCCUACUAAGAGUACUGGCGUAGAAACCCGCGUGCAAGAGGAAAGGCGAACAGUUACCAAGACCGAGAUCACCUCACCUAAUUAGUCUCGAAACCGGACAAGGAAACCGGAGGCUCCGUUCUGUUCGUUCCCGGUGAGAGCACCACAUUAAAGUGAAAACACUUCCGACAGCGAGCGCAGAGCCACUUCCGGUGUUUUUCUCGCGUGUUUCGCAUCUGUUGUUAGUCGCCACGGGAUAAAGGCGAGAUCCUUGUGGUGCUACCGGCACACACACACACAAACAGCCACACAAACAUACAAACACGUGCGGGCGCGCCUUCGCGUACACCACCAUCUCAUUGCCACGGUGGUGCCGGUGACGUUAUAAUUCUCUCACGAUUGCGUUGCCGCGUUAAGAUAGUGUGUAAUUACAGCAUCAAACGACUCAAACCAAACGACUUCCGUGUCUUGGCCUCUUCGUUGCCCCGUCGCGCGUAUCCACACGGCCCCGGAAGUCACGAACACAAGUAACGGGCGUGUUCGGGUUCGGCCCACGCGUGCAUCCAGCACAUCGAGGUUGUUUAAAAUUCUGGCAAUGAUCUUUGGUGAUUUAGUAUGCUGCGUGCAUUUUGUGGUACUGUUUCAAUGCUGCAUUGCCGUGGUGGCCGUGGUGGUGGUGGUACCAGCUGAUCCCCUUCCACCGCAACCUCCGGCACCAGUUGCCAGCAACGGUACUCGCGGGCUGGCCGUUGGGUUGGGGCAGCCCGGUGCGCUGGCCUCACCAUUGAUACAGACACCACCUACAUCCGGAGCCGGAUCCAGAUCGCUCAACCGAAGUGGCAAAUACACAGACGACGCUGCACUGCCAGGAGAACUGAACGAGUACUGCCGGGUGCCGCAGGACUGCCGGCAGCAUGCCUACGUUUGCGACACUCGCCAGCAGGUCUGUAGCUGUGCCGAAGGAUACCGGGCGGACGAUACGGGCCGGAUCUGCCUUGGAGCGGUCGGCCGCCGGUGCAUGUACGAUAGUCACUGCGUCACGAAUGCUUAUUGCAAGGGACAAAUGAUCUGUACGUGCAAACGUGAAUACGGAUUCCUCGCCGACGAUAACUGGUCAUGCCAAGCGUCGUCCGCGCCGCACGGGACACGACUUCCUGGAAUGCAUCACUUCCUUGCGCUACUACUGUUCACGGCCACCAUCAUCGUUCCGAUUCUUAGCCUUGGUCCGGUCACAACAAACGCUCCGUAGCAACAAACGA